UUCUGAAUUUCCCAACUUAACACACAAAAAAACAGAAAUUUUGUGUCCAAAAAAUUACUAUUAAAUUUUGAUAUUUCUGUUAUUAGCAGAGAAAUGGAGCAGAAACAAGGCAAAAUCAACAAUAAUUUGGAAGAUGGAGUUGUUAUAAUUCAUAGCCAAGUUCGAAAAAUAAGACAAGAAAUGGAGAAAAUUAAGUAUCCAGCUUUAACGCAACCGGAGAUCACCGGAAAACAGCAGCAGCAACGAUCGAGAUCGCCGCUUGGAUUAGCUCAUAGGCCUAUUUCUGUUGGAAGUUAAACUGCUUUUAAUUAGCGCUAAAUCAAAGGUUGUGAUGAGACAGUUACACGAUCCAUCCACCUUUAAUCAGAAGUCUAUCGAAUCUUUUUUAUCUUUUUUUCCUUUAGUUAGGGGCUAUGGUUUAAAAAAAUUAAAAAAAAUUCUUCAUAGUUUUGGGUUUUCAUCUUUCUUAUUAUAUAUAUAUAUAUAGAUUUGUACAUAUAGAAAUUCUUUCUGUUUUUGUUUCGGUAAUUUUGUCCCCUGCUUUUCUGGCUCUCUGUUUUUUUA